AUGGAUCUCCAAGUUAUGAUUCUGAAAACUCCUACGGGAAAAUUGCUAUCCGAAUACCAGUUAAAUUUACUCAGUAAAAACAAUAUAGAGUCCUUGAUCGAUUUUUAUGAGGCGGAUGAGGGUAAACUCCAAAAUCUGCUGCUCGUCAAUAUGGAGUCCAUUCGGGAAAUGAAGAAGGAAUUGUCACUGCUGUCCAAGUCGCUUCAAGAAGAAUGCUCUCUGGAUGUUGAAUAUGGCACGGGCAUAGAGGAGUUGGACAAACUGUUGGACUCCGUGGGACAGCCCUUCAAGCCGGGCAGGGUCUGGGAACUCUGUGGUCAAACCGGCGUGGGCAAGACCCGGGUGAUGUACACCUUGGCCUUGAAUUUCGUUUGGAAGCACGCCCUGCAAGUGCUGUUUAUCGACACCAAGCGGGACUUCUCCUGCCAGAGGAUACAGGACAUGCUCCUGGCCAGGAACACUGAUGCUGAAACCACCGAGAGAGCCAUGAAAGCUGUCAAGGUGGUGCAAGCUCCCACAGCCACGGACCUAAUUAAUGUGCUGAUAGCUUUCGAUCAGCAACUGACCGACAAGAUAGAGGCUGCCGUGCACACCAAGUUCGUGCUUAUUGACUCCCUGGCUGCUUACUUUGCCCACUAUCGCGGCAGAAGGAUGCAGAGGCUGAGAAAAUCCCUGCUGGUGGAGCUCGCUUGCAAAGUCCGCAAGCUGGCUGUCCGGGGCGUGGCCUUUAUAAUCGGCAACCUUUCCUUUUUUGAAAGAGAUGAUAAUGGUUACGAUGACGGAGAGGACGAUGACAACAAUGAGGACGCUGACAACAAUGAGGACGCUGCGCCAGUAAAGUUGGAGCCCAUGCUGGGUGCCUACUGGAGCUCGGUGUGCACACUAAGGCUGUCGCUGGAGCUGACAGAGGAUGAUGACUUCACCCGCCAAGACGAUGGCCUGCGUUCGAUGCAUGUAAUCUCCAAUACAUACGGCCCCGAUGGUGACCACUGCCUGCUGCGAACCACAGAGGCCGGCGUGGCUUAG